AUGUCUAACCAGAUACGUAUCAAUGUACUAGACCAGGAAAAUGAUCACAAGCGUGUUGCCGGAAAGACCAAAACGCUCGACCAAGAAAAUGUCCGUAUUUCCCAAAAACGGUCAGGUCCUCAAACUGGAUCUCAUGACCAGAAGCGUUUAAGAGUUCCUCUCGCGGGAAAAGACCAAAACCUUGUUCCAGGGUUGCAGCGGUCCAAAUCGUCAGCGGCAAAUGUCUUUCAGACCCAACCGCUUGUCCAAAAUGGAAAUCAGGCGUUGAACCAGACCCAUGGCCAGAAUCACAUUCAUAAUCCUAAUAUGCUCCAGCGCUUGCGCCCUGUGAGCACCUCAUUCAAACAGCCAUCGUUGCUCAAGUCAAAUUCAUCCUUGGGAUUCACUCACAGGCCGUCCAGCCUGUCUCUGGCCACGCAAAUCCGUAAUGCCAAUCCCCAUAAGAAUACGAUUUUUCCUCAGGAAGACGCCCACAGAAGCCAGGAGUUGACACCGAGGUUUUCCACAGAUUCGGUCAAAAAGAGCUCAGCAGCUCCAUUACCACCUUUAAACAUUUCUCUAGCUGAUACCAUAUCCGAAAACACACACCGUUUGCAUGCCAGUAACGUGCAACAGAGCGUUCAGCAUCCCGGAGACCCAAUCAAGAGAAGUAAAAGCGCAACGAAGAACGCAUUGAUCGAGAGUCUAGCUGAAGAUCCCGAUAGUAUCGAAAUGGUGGCACAUCAGGAUCUCCCUGUUCCUCGUCAUGUUCCUCUUGGUGUCACACAAUUGCUGGCACUAGACCUAGAGUUUAUCCGCACAGGAACCAGAAUUCGUACAGCAUCGCCAGCUCAGGAUGUCUCAUUCGAAUCUACGUGGGAUGAGGAUAACAUUGACGAUGAAGAAGAGAAUAUGAUUCUCGAGGGAGAGCUUGCACAAUCUGGACUGGUGGGACUUAGCACGGAGGAACUUAACGACUUACUUGACUUUUAA